UGACCAUCAGUCCCCAUUGUCCCCUCGCUUCAAACAGCUAAAAAAAAAUAAAGCGCUGCCCUUUGCCAAUCAUGACCCCCAUAAGCGAGACCUUCUUUCACGCUUGCCAGACUGUCUUCAAGCUUCAAGCAACCUGCCCCCAGCAAAUACCUCCAUCACCUUCAUGGCGCAGACCCGGAGCGCAAAGCUACUAGUAGCAGACAACUGCCCAGCGACAGCAGCGGAGGAGGAGGAGGAGAUGGAGACCGAGAUGCCGGAAUACAGUGACGCGGACCGUGUUUCCGUCGUCGAGGAUGUCCUCGCCGGCAACGACCACCUGUGGUGCCGCCUGGUGCGGAUCGAGACCUCGGGAAACAACGUGUUCCCACCGGGAAACUUCAAGUUUGGCCGGGACCAACCUGUGCUUUCAUUUGGAAGGGAGGGGCAGGGGCAGGGGCAGGGGCAGGACCGCGAGCUGAUGACGUUCGUCGCACCGGCGAAGGCGUAUAUCACGAAAUUGCACGCGUCGAUCACGCUGAGCAGGGAGGGCAACGGGCUCAUGGAGCGCAUCAUGAUCCGGGAUCACGUAUCCACGAACGGGACUUGGGUUAUACGAAAAAUCGGCGAAUCGCCGAGCGAAGCCAGCCUGGUCCCGCACAAUCAAGCGUACGAGCUAGUCGAUGGCGACGAGAUCCGCUUGGGCGCGGCGCCGGGGCGUACCGUAGCGGGCAAUUUCUUCCACUUCCGGUUCCACGACAUGCGCCCGCGCACGACUGAUGAGUACAACAUCCACGAGUCGAUCGCCCACGGCGGACACGGACGGGUGUUCAAAGGAAGUCACAGACGGACCGGCGCCAUAGUCGCCAUCAAACGCAUCGAUCCGGGCACACUGGCAUCGACCUCGGCUACCGUUGCUGCCAUCAUCUCGAAGGAGAUCCAAGUCCUGAAAAGGCUUUCGCACGAGAACAUCGUUGGAAUUAGAGACAUCUACCGAUUGCGCGGUGACGGAGUCGAACUCGUGCUGGAGUUUGUUGAUGGUGGUACCCUCCGGCAGUUUAUCUCCCGAUACAAAGGACUGAGCGAGCGUAUGACGAAGCACCUCAUGCGGCAGCUCUUCACCGGGCUGGCCUACAUGCACAGUCAGCACGUCAUACACCGCGACAUCAAGCCCGACAAUAUUUUGCUGACGUCGGAUACCCCUCCGGUCGUCAAGAUCACCGAUUUUGGGGUGGCAGCGAUUGUCAAGACUGACAACCCUACUAGUGGAGCAACGUCGUAUGUGGGCACGGUAAACUUCGUGGCUCCCGAGGUCACCGAGAAGAACACGAAACCAUACAAUCACCUCGUCGACUCCUUCUCUUCUGGUGUCACGCUAUUCUGCUGCCUCGCUGGACUGGAGAACCAGAUUAUCACAGUUCCCGACACCCGGGAGCCUUUGCGCGCGAUGCCUAAUAUCGGGUUCCUCACGCAAGGCUGUCUGGGAAAGGACAAGGAGGGGUAUACCAUCCAGCCUAGUGAUCACUGCUGCCGGCUCCUGGUCGGUCUCCUUAUGUUCGAUCCGAACCGCCGGCUUUCUAUGCUUGAGGCACUGGCGAUGCCUUGGUUCGCGAAGGAUGGAACGGAACUGACGAGUGUUUGAUGAUGUAUAAUGCGGCUCGUGCCCACAAUUACUAACUGACCUGUAAUGACCUAAGAUACAUGACACACCUUGC